AUGGCUUCCACCGAUGAAAUCGAAUUCGAUUCAAGAUUCAUCAGAAUCUACAAAAGCGGCCUAAUUCAACGUCUAAUACCCUCCGAUUUCGUCCAGCCUUCCAUCGACCCAGAAACCCGAGUUUCAUCAAAAGACAUGACAAUCAAUCCGCAAACAUCUCUUUCGGCUCGAAUCUACCUCCCAAACCUCGCUCAUUCCCCGAGUUCAAGACUCCCCCUUAUCAUUUACUAUCACGGCGGAGCCUUUUGUCUGGGAUCAGCGUUCAGUUCAUUUACACACAACUAUCUUAACCCUCUCGUUGCUCAACUCAACAUUGUGCUCGUCUCGGUCAGCUACAGGCUCGCGCCAGAGCACCCAAUCCCUGCAGCGUACGACGACUCGUGGGAAGCUCUAAAAUGGGCUGCAGCCCAUGUAAACGGAGAAGGCCCGGAUGAUUGGCUCUCAGCCCAUGCAGAUUUUGACAGGCUGUUUUUGGCGGGAGAUAGUGCCGGAGGAAAUAUAGCGCAUAAUGUGGCGAUGAGAGCAGGAACGGAACGGGUCGGUGACGGGGUGGAGAUCGAAGGAUCGGUUAUGAUACAUCCGUACUUCUUGGAGGGAAAGAAGAGUAAUUCUACUGAGGAUAUGGAGAAGAUGUGGAGGAUGACGUGUCCUUCGACGACAGGGCUUGAUGAUCAUCGGAUAAAUCCGAUGGCCCAGAUGGCGCCGACUUUGAUGGGGUUGGGGUGUAGAAGAGUGCUGGUUUGUUUGGGAGAGGACUUUUUGAGGGAGGGAGGGAGGAGUUAUUGUGAGAGGCUGAUGGAGAGCGGAUGGGAAGGGGAGGGGGAGGUGUUUGAGACUAAAGGAGAGGGGCAUGCGUUUCACGUGUUUGAUGUUGGGAGCGAGAAAGCAAUCGCACAAACUAGGAAAAUUAGUGACUUUAUUAAUGGCUACUCUAAUACUGACUGGGCAGAUGAUCCCCUUGAUCAACAUUCUAUUAGUGGUUACUGCACUUUUGUUGGAGGUAAUUUAGUCACUUGGCGCAGUAAGAAACAGACAGUUGUUGCUCUCCCCAGUGCCGAGGCUGAGUACAAAGCUAUGGCUUAUGCCCCAGCGAGAUGA